AUGAAUGUUUAUUGUUAAAUGGCUGGAUAUCAUUAAGGUAUUUAUAACAUGGCUAUUAUAAAGAUGAACCCUUGGAAUUAUUAUGUCUUAAUCCUGAAUGCAUUUCCAACAAUAAAGUUCUAAAUUGCAUAGCUUGUAUAGAAGAAAAUCAUUCUGGUCAUUCUGUUAUACAUUAUAAGAAAUUUAUAACUUUAUUGUAAAAAUAAGGAUCAUAAUUAUUGAAUGAAAUUGUAUUAAUAUAUUUUAAGUUUAAGGAUUUUAAAUUAUAGGAUUCUACCAAUAUGUAAAAUGAUAUGUUAAAUAAAAUAAGAGAAAUAAUCAAAUAAUUAACUGAAUUAUAAGAUAUUGUUAAUGAUGCAAUAAAUAAAUAAAAGGAAAUGCUGGAGAGAAAAUUAUAAUACUAUGAAUGUAUUAAUCAUUAUAUAAAAUGAAGAAUUUGCUUGUCUGUUACCAACAUAAGAGAUUUUUAAUUAAGCAAUUAAAUCACAUGAUUAGAGUUUAUUAUAAAAGUUAAUGACCUAAUUCUUUUUGAAGGUUGAUUAUAAUUAGAAAAGAUAAGAGUUUGUUGCAAGAAGCAAUUAUUUAAUUGAUCAAUCAGAAGAAACAGAAGGAGAGAAUAUUUUAUUUAGAAAAUUAAGAGAAUUCAUAAAUUCAUUUAGAUAAGAUAUAGAUAAUAAUUAUUUGACAUAAAAUUCUUAAUUGAGUACCAGUUUUAAAUAAAAGAAACAUUCUUAAAUUAAUAAUGAAUUCAAAAGAUCACAUCAGAGAAUAGCAAGUUAUAAAAGAGUAGUUUCAGCUGAAAAAUCACCAGGUUCUCCAGAUGAUAGAAUAUCAAUAACUUAAUCUCUUAGCUAAUUUUAUUAUAAACCAAAUACUAUUAAAAAAAGAGUAGGAGAACAAAUUUAAUUAAUUGAAACUUAAAAUAAUUAUACUACUACUUAUUCUUUUCAUUCUGAAUGUUUUGGUUAAGGAUUAUAAAUAACAUCUAAAUAAGUUAAACUUACUACAGAUAAUGAAAAAAGAAUAGCACUCAUUAAACCAUCUAUUUAUGGAAGUGGAUUAGCUAGAGAAUAAAGAAUAACAUUAUUAAUUAAAGUUUGUAGAAAUUCUAAUUAAAGAUAUCCUAUGGCAGUUGGAAUAUGUGAUUAAUCAAAAUUAUAAGAAGAUAAUUUUAUAUUUUCUGGUUCUGCUGAACAUGUUCCAGGAUCACAUAAUAAAGAUCAUGGAUGUUAUUUAUUAAAUGCUAAUGGAUAUAUAAGAUCAAUGAUUGGAUUAGAUAUGUCAAAGAGUUCUCCAAAUCUAAGAUUUUAUAGUAAUUCUACACUUGAAUUGACAUUUAAACCAUUCCAUAAAUAACUAAUAAUAAAUAGAGAUUAAUAAGUUUAAACAACAAUACCCUUAGAAUUUCAUAAAGAUUAAAAAUUAUUCUUUUGUGUUAGAUUGGCAGAUUUGAAUGAUUGCAUAGAAAUUUAAUGA